AUGAAUAAGACAAGGGCUGCAAAUGAUGUUUUUCAUUUCCUGAUCAGCAAGAACUGGAGCUCAAGCCGAAGUUUUCCUAUGAACAUUUCUAAUCAGUGCAUGAACAUCACUGACCUUACUGUCUUUCUGGCCACCUCCUACAGCUUGGAGACUGUUCUGGGCAUUGUGGGAAACAUCUGUCUGAUUGCUGUCAUUGCCAGGCAGAAGGAAAAGGCAAAUGUCACCAAUAUUCUAAUUUCCAACUUAAUAAUUUCAGACUUGUUUAUGUGUCUUGUCUGUCUGCCUUUCACCGUUGUUUACACUAUGAUGGACUACUGGAUAUUUGGAGAAGUCAUGUGCAAAAUGACCUCUUUCACUCAGUGCACAACUGUGACAGUGUCAAUCCUUUCCCUUGUCCUUAUUGCUCUGGAAAGACACCAGCUCAUCAUAAACCCAACUGGCUGGAGGCCAAAUACCUCCCAAGCCUACCUAGGAAUUGGAGUGAUUUGGACUUUAGCAUGCCUCAUGUCCCUGCCCUUUUUGACCACAUCCAUCUUGUCUAACGAGUUGUAUGAGCAGCUCUCACACUUCAUGAAUUUUUCCACUGAUAAGGCAAUAUGUAUCAACUCGUGGCCUUCUGAGCAGCACAAACUUAUCUACACUACCACUUUACUGCUCUUGCAAUACUGCAUCCCUCUGUUCUUCAUCAUCCUCUGUUACCUGCGAAUCUACUUACGCCUGCAGAAGAGGAAGGACAUGUUUGAGAAGAGCGAGUACAGCAACCGGGCGGUCCAGCUGAGAAGGAUAAACAUCUUGCUAGCAUCCAUGGUUGCUGCUUUUGCUGUUUGCUGGCUACCACUGCACGUUUUCAACACCAUCGUGGACUGGAAUUACAAAAUCAUUUCACCUUGCCACCACAACCUGAUCUUCUCAUUGUGCCACCUGGUAGCUAUGGCUUCUACCUGUGUCAACCCCGUUAUCUAUGGUUUCCUAAACAGCAACUUCAAAAAAGAAGUGAAGUCACUGAUUCUAAGCUGCCAGCAUAAUUCAGUAACUGCCUCAAUGGAAGAAUAUGAUCAUUUGCCUUUAUCCACCAUGCAGACUGAAAUUUCCAAGGGGUCACUGAUGUUGAACUGCAGGCACAAUUCUAUCUAA